AUGGCCGAAAUGAUAAGCGGGGUACCUCUAUUCCGAGGUCGGGACAACAACGAUCAGCUCACUCAAAUUCUGAGGGUGCUUGGCACACCCGAUGAAGUUACUUUGAGACGGAUUCAAACCGAAUCGGUUGGCUUUUUCAACCCUUCAAUUCAGCAAGAAACUCACAGAUCUUGA